AGCCCCCCCCGCAGUGCAGGCUUUGUCCCAGCCAUUGUCACAGGCUUAGAGAGCCUCUUAUGCCAAGCGGAGGCUUUGGCGACAUAUGUCACUCGAGCGACUCUGCUGUCACCCCUUUCGGGCGCUUGAGUGGAGGGGCGUGUUCAAGGGGGCAGGCCUGAGCUGGAGCAGGACCGACAUGUCAGAGGUGUUCGUUCAACGAGACGAGUUGGAACGCUCCCCCUCAUGGUUCUGUCUCUGGAAUUCGAGCUGUUCCCUGUGCACUUGAGGAUGUAGAAUGACACAAGAGUUAGUCUGCUGUGCCUUAGAAAGUCCAAGGAUUGCCAAUUGAUCUUCCCUGACAUCUAUUCCGCAACUCCUCUGUGUCCACUGACCAGCGGAGGGUGAUGAGGUUGGCAGGGAGCCUCCAGGUUGUCCUGCUGCUGACUCUGAGCACCGAGGCCGCAAGCCUCAAUAUCCCUCCUGAAGUGGAGCAGCUUCCUACUAUUGUAUAUCACACGACAGGGCCCAUAAUUGCCCUUCCUUUUGACAACACCGUGACUAUCAGAUGUGAAGCAAGGGGAAACCCUCCCCCACAAUACAGAUGGACGAAAGAUGACCUCGACUUUAUCCCUCCCCAUCCUGCAACAAUCAGAAGUGACCAACUUGCCACAGAUGGUACAUUUGUGCUUCAAAACAAAAGCCUCGCUCGAUUUCAGGGUAAAUAUCGAUGCUUCGCUUCCAACAAGCUGGGAACCGCCAUGACGGAGACAAUUGAACUGAUAGUAACUACUCUGCCAAAAUUUCCAAAGCAGAAUAUUGAACCAAUUGUUGUUGAGGAGGGAGAACCUUUUGUUCUGCAAUGUGACCCCCCGGAAGGCGUUCCCCCAAGAAAGAUCCACUGGAUGUCCAUUGGUCUGCAGCACAUUGAGCAGGAUGAGAGGGUUUCCGUGGGCACUGAUGGCAGCCUGUACUUCUCUCAUGCCUUACAGAAAGACAGUCGUCAGGAUUACUGCUGCUUUGCUGACUUUCUCCGCAUACGCACAAUCGUCCAGAAGCCUGCUAUGGCAGUUGAGGUCAAGCCAUGGACACCAGAAUAUGAAUUUGCUGACGGCGGCGAUCUCGGCCCUCCCGUGAGAACACCCAGUCUUUUGCUGCCCUCUGGUGUCCAGACAGAGAAAGUGCUGUUGAAAGGAGCCGAACUUCAGCUUGAGUGUGUACCAGGGGGAAAUCCCACUCCGAAGAUAGCAUGGAUAAAGAUGGGAGACGAGCUUCCCGCUCGAGCUAAACUUGACAACUUUGGAAAACUGUUGACCAUCGCUGCAAUAGAGGAAAGUGAUGAGGGCAAAUACAUGUGCUUAGCCGAGAACUCAGCUGGACAGGCUGUCCACUACUUUGAUGUAAUAGUUGAAGAGCCUCCAAAGUGGCUGACAGAGCCGCCUCACAGCCAGCUGACUGUGAUCGGCUCUGAUGUGCACAUCAAGUGCUCGGUCAGCGGGAAACCACAACCAUUCAUACUGUGGAGAAAAGAUGGAAACAUUUUUGAAGACAACCCCUUGAAUAACAAACGAGUGCUUGAUGACACACUGUUGCUCCACAAUGCCGCACCAGAUGACAGUGGCGUAUACCAGUGCGAAGCAGCCAACAGACAUGGUGUUGUUCUGGGCAACAUUAACAUCAUGGUCAUGAAUAUGGCUCCUCUGAUCCUGACUGAAGACCACCACGAGUACGCAGUCAUACGUGGCGAGGACAUGGCCAUGAAUUGCAGCGCUUUCGGCUCGCCACCUCCCACUAUCUCUUGGGCCAAAGAUGAGACUCCAGAAACCAUUGAGGGAGAAAGAUUUGUUACCCUUCAGAACGGGUCGUUACAAAUCUCCAGUGUAGAAAAGAAAGACAGCGGCGAAUACGUCUGUGUUGCCGAUAACAGCGAGGGCAAGUCGUCUAUCAUGGCUGUGCUGGCAGUGAAAGACCCCACACACAUUAUUAAUGGACCUCAGGACAUGCAGGUCAUCAGCGGAACCACAGCCCAGUUGAUGUGUCAGGCCGAGUAUGACAAAAGUCUUGCCGACUCCUUUCAGGUGGUUUGGAUAAAGGAUGGGGAAGAAAUGACAUUUCCCACAGAGGAACCUUCCAGGUACUUUUUGGGUGAUGGCAUGCUGCAGAUCAUGAACGUGAACCUAAAUGAUGAGGGAGCAUACACAUGCAUGGCCAGAACGCGUCUGGAUGGGGUCAAUCGUACUGCGCUUCUUACAGUACUUGAUGUUCCAGAUGCCCCGCAAAAUGUCGAGAUAACUGAACUCAAGAAUCGGAGACAUAUCCUUUUGGCUUGGGUGCCUGGCAGUGACCACAACAGUUCCGUAAUCGAAUUCAUUGUGGAGUAUGAGGAGAGCCAAUGGGAACCGGGCAAGUGGAAAGAGCUCCACAAAGUCCCCGGUAACCAGGCAACAGCCGAGCUGGCACUCCACGGACAUCUUAACUACCAGUUCAGAGUGUACGCAGUGAAUGCUGUUGGACCUGGGCCCCCCAGUGAGCCCACUGAACGCUACAAAACCCCCCCAGCUGCUCCUGAUAGGAACCCAGAAAACAUUAAAAUAGAAGGCCAUCUACCUCAUCAAAUGGAAAUCAGCUGGGAGCCACUGUUACCUGUCGAACACAAUGGCCCAGGCCUGGAGUACAAAGUCAGCUACAGGAAACUCGCUGUGGACGAUACCUGGACAGAACACCUGAUCAAAAGACACUCCUUUGUUGUGAGAAACACGUCAACAUUCAUCCCGUACGAAAUAAAAAUUCAGAGCAGGAACAGUCACGGCUGGGGACCGGAGCCUAAAAUCGCUACGGGUUAUUCUGGAGAAGAUGUCAUCUUUCGCCAUUGUCUACGGGAAAAUUUGUCAGUUCCCACCGCCGCACCGCGGGAUGUCGCAGUGGAGGUGAUGAACACAACUGUUCUGAGAGUAAGCUGGACCCCAGUUCCACCGGCCACACUGAGAGGUCACCUAAAGGGGUACCAUGUUCACUGGCUGCGGAAGCGAAGUUUCCUGAAUCCAGACAAGAUCUUGGAUGAGCGCCACAUGCUGUCAUUUCCCGGGAAGAGGACGCAUGCCAUUGUGCCCAACCUGGACGCCUUCUCAGAGUAUACGCUCACUGUCAACGUCUUCAACAAGAAAGGAAAUGGGCCUAGUAGCGACCCAGUCACCUUCAACACUCCAGAGGGAGUUCCGGAACAAGUGCCCAUUCUGACCACCUCCAAUGUCCAGAAAGAGUCCAUCCGGCUUGUAUGGGCUCCGCCGCUGGUUGCAAACGGCAUCCUGACUGGCUACCUCCUGCAGUACCACCUCAUUAAUGAGACCACAAAGGAGGCGUUGGAUUCCUGGGAAAUGAAUAUCGCAGGGCCCGACACCACCCACUGGCAGCUGGAGGGCUUAGAAGAGGGCAGCCUCUAUCUUUUCCACCUCAGUGCCUGCACCCGGGCAGGGUGCGGACCUCCACUGGCACAGGAGAGCAGCACUCCCACCCCGGCACGUGAGUACAUGAAAAUGAUGUACCACAACUGCUCUCUUUCCUUUCCUCGCUUGAUCCCAGGCAGAGCUACUCAUCCUCCUCCUUUAGCUCCAGGCCUGUUGAACAUAAGCUCUUACGUGAGCGACACCUCUGCCAAAAUCAGCUGGACUGCCAGGGAGGAGCAGCAGGACUUGCAGCUUUACGUGGCUUAUAUGAACAACCGUGAUGGUAACUGGCGAAUAUCCAAGGCGGUAAAUGCUUCCCAAAGCUUCCAUGUAAUUGACGGGCUCAAUCCGGGGACGGUGUACACGGUGCGCCUCAUGGCCAAGUCCUUGCUCGAUAAUGCUAGCAUUUUCGAGGACGUUAUCCAGACGCAAGGUACAGGCGCGGCAGGUCAAGCAAGGAGCAUAUCUACCAAGGGCUGGUUCAUCGGGACCUUGUGUGCCGUGGCGCUCCUCACACUCAUUGUCCUCACCGUCUGCUUUAUGCGGAGAAACCAAGGUGGCAAGUAUGCAGGUACGCCGCCGCCUGGAAGACAAGACGUGGUCGCCAUGGACAAAGUGAAAGAGAAGGAAGACCCUGAUGAGGAGUCGCAAGCGAUGAAUGAUGACACCUUCUGUGAAUACAGUGACAGUGAUGAAAAGCCACUGAGGGGCAGCUUGUGUUCCCUGAAUGGCGAUGAUGCGGUCGGGGACGGUGUCAGCAGAGACAGCCUGGUGGACUACGCUGACGGCGGAGGAGAAUUCAGCGAGGACGGCUCCUUUAUCGGGGAAUAUUCAGGACACAAACGAGGCGGAUCUGUCACUGAGCCCAAUGGAUUCGGCCCUGUCAGUGCAUAAUGCCAAGCUUCCUUUUCAGAUUUUGACAAGAAUUGCUCUGUGUGAGGGCUUUCGCAACGUUACUUAUAGCACGCAUAGCUAUAAUAUGAACCACUCGAAAUGUUGCCAAGAGACUGUAAAGACAAGUGUUGUACAUACCUAAAAACAAUUAACUGAAUUAUUGGAUUGAGAGUUUUAUUACAAUAAUUUAAACAAAAUAAUUUUUUUUU